AUGAACGAAGAGAGGAAUGAUAGAGGAGGGACGAGGAAGAGGAGAUUUGUUUCUCUGGGCAGAGCUUUGAAAGAGCACAAGGGUAGGCUCUACAUCAUUCAGCGUUGCCUCCUCAUGCUCCUCUGCUCUCACGAUUGAUGCAAAUAUUUGUUAAGUUGGCAUCUUUGAUAGUUUGAGGUGGAGUUUUGGUUUGGAUUACUCUUUUCAAUGUACAUAGCGAGCUUGAGAGUGGGAAUGAGAUUUAGUGUAUAACUUGUUUUGUUUUAAAUUUCAUUUACUAAUGUUUUGG